AUGCAAAGUCUGCAGGACGAAGCCACUUGCUCUGUCUGCCUGGAGUUCUUCAAAGACCCCGUGUCCAUCGAGUGCGGGCACAACUUCUGCCGGGCGUGCAUCAUCAAGAGCUGGAAGGACCUGGAGAUGGACUUCCCCUGCCCGCAGUGCCGAGAGGUCUUCCAGCAGAAGAGCUUCAGACCCAACAGGCAGCUGGCAAACAUGUCCGAGAUCAUCAGCCAGUUCACCCUCCGCGGGGCCAAGGGUGCCGAGGAGGACGGGCUCUGCGUGAAGCACAGGGAAGCCCUGAAGCUCUACUGCAAGGACGACCGGAGAACCAUCUGCGUGGUGUGCGACAGGUCCCGGGAGCACCGCCCGCACGCCGUGGUGCCUGUCGACGAGGCGUCCGAGGAGUACAAGGAGAAAAUCCAGGGACGCCUGGAUUUCCUGAAAAAGGAGAGGCAGGAGCUGCUGGAGUUCAAAGUGAACGACGACAAGAAAACCCAGGAGCUCCUG